UGAAAUCGUGGCUCUGGCUGUAGAAAAAUCAAAACUUAAGAAUGUAAUUAAAAAUUGUAGCAGCUUUUCAAAUGAAACAAAAGAAAAAAAUAUAGUGAAUAUAAAUGAUUCGAAACAAGAAAUUAAAACAAUUUUAAAUAAAAGAAAAGAAUACAAAACUAACAACAAAAUCGAGCUCAAUUUGAAGCCUAAUACUGAGAAUUUAAUCGAAAAAAAUUUGAAUGUACAUGUUCACGGAAUUAAUUUUGAAACCCCAAAUAUGUUGAAUUUAUCGGUAAAUAAAGUAUUUAAAGAAAAUACACAAAUAUUUGUAGAGCCUGAGCAUUCUAAACAAAAUCUCGAAAAUAAAAAUACAUUUGAAAAUGUUAAACCUGUUGUAAACUCAGAUAGCCAAACUAAUUUUGAGUCAAAUUUAAUCAAAGAAUCUAAAUUUGAAAGCAAAAAGAAAGAUCAAAAUACUUUAACGGUUGAACAAGAAAAAGUUAUUGAACUGAAUACAAUUAAAAACACUGUUGAAACUUAUGUGAAAAACGAAUCAAGUGUAAGUACAAUAAGUGAUCAAAGCUUUAAAAGUAAAACCCACAAUUCAAAUAUUGGUCCAGAUCAUUCAGUUUCAAAUUUGAAAAACUGUGAGGAUGAACGUGUCUCUAAUGAUAAUUCAGGAUUCUUACAAUUGAAUGUGAAAAAUGAGCAACUUUCAACUAGGAUAAAUAAUUUAGAAAUUCAAAAUGACAAUGACAAAUUUUCGCUCACCUUAAAUAAAGAUCCUGCGAACAUAAAUUCUGAAAAAAUUCAAAAUGCUGUCGAAUUUUCCGAAAAUGAUUCUAAAAUGAAACCAAUCACUGUUAAAGAUAAGAAAGAUAAAUCAAAUUACUUUGUAGAAGCAAUUGGAAGUAUAAAAAAAGAUGUAAAUAUAGAUAACAUUACCAAUAGUAUUAUAACGACAAAUAAUGAUUCAACCUUAACUGAUAUUGUGGUUGAUAACAAAGAAAAAUGUGUUAAAUCGUUUGACCAUGUAACUUUCGACUCUAAUAAUAAUAAGUCCAGUAAAAUAUUUACUAAUGAUGUGAAAACUAAAAAUAUACAGUCUAUUAAUUCCCCAAAUUUGGAAAAUUUGAAAAACGAAAAUAAGUCUAAAAUUUUAAAAACUGAAAAUAAUUUAGAAGGAAUCAAAAAUAAAUCUUCAUUAGAAAGUAAAAAUGAGAAAAAGAAAUCUAUUGAAAAAAAUUCUUCAUCAAAGAGCGUAACUAUAAAAGAACAGAAAAAAGUUAGAGAUAUGGAAAAACGAAGUGGGAACACAAAAAACAAUAUUAUUUGUACCAAAGAAAAUAAAAUUCAGAAAACAACAAAUAAACAUUUUGUUAGCCAUGAAGGUGUUACAGAAAAAACAUUAAGAGUUGCUGAAAAAAUGACUAGGGAUUUAGACAAAAGUUCGAAUGAAAUCAUUAGAAAAAAAUCUGAAAUUGUUCAGAAAGAAAAAUCAAUAUCUACUACAAAAGAAACAAUUGUAAGAAGUCAAAAAGGUAGCGAAAAAUAUUCAUGUGAAAAAUCGUCUGACACUACGAAAAAAGGAAUUAAUUCCACACAAAAUCUUGAAUCCAUUAAAGCUAAAACUUCUGAUAAAAAACCAAAUGAUACUGUUUUCACAAAAAGUGUGAAACAAGUUAAAAAAGAAGAUAAAAGUGAAUCAAAUUCAAAAAAUAAUAAAAUUUCCGAAUCUUUUAAAAGAAAUAGUUCAAGCAAAGACUCUUGUCAAAAGGUUGGAACUCAUGAAAAUAUAAGUGUUUGUAAACUAUUAAAUGAUGAAGGUAUAAAAUCUAAUCGAAAAGAUGAAAUCAAAACUUCCUCUGGAAAAUUACAAAGUAUUUUGCAAAAAGAGGCAGAAAAUAAGAGUACAAAUAAAAUUAAAAUGCAAAAAAUUUCUGAUGAAAGUUUGGGAGCUAAAGACUUAAAAGGCAAAGAUGAUGUCAAAUCAGAAAAAAAUAAUUUGCAAACUAAGUCGGAAAAUGAUGUGAAAAGUAAAGAAUGUAAGCAUAAGAAAGAUAGCCGAAAAGAAAUGAAAGAACUUAAAAAAGAAUAUGACAUGAACAAGAAACAAUCUAGUAGAGAAACAACAACAACUUCUAAAGUUAAUGGGAAACAUUGUACAGAUAGUAAUAAACAAACUUCAGAAAAGGAAAUGAGUUUCAAAGGAAGUGUUAUAAAACUUGAUGAAAUACCAGAAAGUAAAAGGGACGGAAAUAGGUUGGAACUUGAACUAAAAAUCAAAUCGAAAAGUAAAAAUCAUAUGAGCAAAUCGGUGACUUCCGAAAAACUUUCAUCAGAAAAUAAGAAUUCAUUAAAAGUGAAGGAUACGAGACAGACGAAAAAAUUAGUACCAACAAAAACCAUUAACGAUUUAAUUGAAAUUCCAAAAAACAACGAUUUAUUUAGUUUAGAACUGAAUUCUAAUCCUAAAGAAAUUAAAAACUUUAAAGAAACUGCAAUUUUAAAAGUUACGAAAGAUACUUCAAUUUCUGAACCUGUAAAUAAGCUUCAAAAUAAGGAAGAGGAUAAAAAUAAACUAAAUAAAAUUUGUAAGAAUCAAAAAUUUUCAAGCAGUUCAGAAAGUUUAAAAAAUACAAUAAAAGAUGAAAAGAAUAAAAUAUUAAAUAUUUCAUCCGUAACUGAUAUUCCAAAGAAGAGGCAUUAUGACAACUCUAAUUCUAUUACGAAAGAACCUGCCGCGAAAAUUUCUAAAAAAGAUACUUCAUUUUUACAAACAACUACAUGUAUUGAUACUAAAACUGAUGUUUCUAAAAUAAAACUGAAAGAUCACGUAACUUUGAAAAAUUGCCAAAAUGUUAAGCUAAAUAACGAACAAAAUAAAUCUGAUCAAAAUAUACAAGCUAUAAAAACAGAAAAUAAAGAGGUUUUACAGAAAUCAGUUGACUUAAAAUUUCCUAAGAUAGUUUCUGUAACUGAUAUAAAAAAGCAAAAGUUUGAUGUUUACGAAUUCAAUGAUGAUGACGAUGACAUUUUAUCACCUACUUAUGAAAAAAUUGAGCAUGGUAAAUGUGAUGUUAAAGAUAAUAAAUCAAACGUAGUACGAAAAAUUUUUGAAAGUAAAGCAAAAAAAGAAAUAAAAGAUAAUCGAAAAGAAAUGGAUUCCGUACAUAACAUAGAAAAAAAUUUAGAGCAGAAAGCAUCAGCUCCAAAAAAUAUUGAAAGCGAAGGAUACACAUGCAAUAGUAAAACCCCCAUAACUUAUACAGAAAUGGCAAAUAUUUUAGAACGUGCUGAAACUGAAUCUUCUUUGAGUUCUUCAAAAGUAGAUGAUCGACCCUAUAUAGAUGAGAAAAGAAAUAUUUACAGAAAUCCUUGUCAUUUAAAAGAUUUUGAAGAAAAAAAUGAAGUCGAAGAUAUUAAACCUCCAGAAUCGAAAAGGAAAAAAGCUGGCAAACAAGGUAAAUCGAAAAAACGAGGUGGCAGUAAAAAUCAGCAAACGAAUAAAGAAAGCAAUGAUUUAAGCGAAUCAUUAAUUGAAAAACCUCCUUUGACAGUCUGUUAUGUGACAACCACUUUCGACAAUAUGAAUUCUGAUGACAAAAAUACACCAAUAAAGUUAAGAAUGAAACGUUUAAGUCGGAGUAUUGAUCAUACAGAAAAUAAUAAGUCAAAUUCGAUAGAAUUUUUUAAUUUACAAAAAACCUCCAGCGAAAAUGACAAAACUCAAUUUACUUUGGAUAAUUGUAUAAACAACACAGAUCAAAAAUUUUCUUCGCCUACGAAUUCUAAAGAGAAGUUAAACGAAGUCAAAGUUGAAUCCACCACCAAUGAAGUAAUAGAACCAAAACAUAAUAGUGAACCUCAAUCAAUUUAUGAUAAUGAAAAAAAGAAAGGACGUUACAAAAAAGGAAAGAUUGCAAGCACUUUCGAAGAAAAGGAAUGUUCAAGCAAUUUGGAUGACAUUGAAACUGAAUCAGUUUCUAGCAAACUUAGUUUCAGUGACGAUGACAUCAAUAGCGACAAAAGUUAUAUAAAAGGGGCAAGAAAACAUAAAAAUUUUGUUAACAAUAAAUGCAGAAAGAGGGGACGACCAAAAAUUGAUGAUUCAAGUUCGGUUACCACAGAUGACAAUAUUCAAUCCGGAAGUGAAUUGAUCAUUGAAAAUGAUAAUAUAAAGAACAUUGAAAAAAAUAAUAGUAAAAAAUUAAAAUAUGAAGAACAUAGAGAGAAAAAUGAAAACAGACAUGAAAAAUUAGAAGAAAAAAAAAUUAAAGAAGACAUGAUCAAUGAUGAUAAAAUUGACUCUUCAAAUGAAAAGGAAAUAGGAGAGAAAGAAUUGAAGGCGGUUUUACAAGAUGUUAUAGAGCUUUCAACAAAAUUGGAAAUGAGUAGUAGAACAGAUUCAAAUAUUUCCGAAACCUUAAAUUCCAAAGAUCACAAAAUAAUAAAGGAAACCGAUGUUAGAGUGACAAUUUUAGGAAAUAAAUCAGAUAUUCAUGAAAAAAAUGAAAAGGAAAAAGUUUUAAGUGCUAUAUUUAAAAGAACGUUGUCAAGUCCACCAGAAAGAGAUUUGUUUGACAAUUCCAGUUGUGAUAAUUUGCAAGAUAACGCUAUUGAUUCGAAUACAGAAGCCCAAAAAUUGUGUUUUUUAAAUAUUUCCAGCAAAUCAAAAAAAUUAAAAAACUGCUUUAUCAAAUUAAAAAAAUUUUCAAAAAGAAAAAUGAGAAGACAACAACAUGGCGACGACGUUUUGUCUCUAAAUGAACAUUGCAGUGACGAAGAAAAUAGUUUGAAGUCGGUUAUUUCUUCAAUAAAUAAUUUUAAUAAACUUUUAAAUUCUAAUAAAUUUACUGAAAACGUAUCAACGCCAACGACAAGUUUAAUUGCAGAUACAAAAAAAAGCUCUGAUUGUCAAGUCAACUCUCCACCUAUUAUGAACAAUCAGUAUGUUUUUAUGAAGAAAUGCAUUUCAACCUCUUCGAGUUCUUCAUUUAGUAUAACUGAUAAUCCCACGCAAGCCAAUAACAUCAGUUCUAGCGACUUAAUUGUUACAAAACAACUUCAUAAUAAUACAAACCAUAAUGCAAAUGAAAAUGAAUUAACAUAUUUUGCGUUUCCGAAUGAAACGGCGAUAAAUAAUCGUUUAGGAGAUACUAUGCAUUGCUCAUCUAUUUUCCCUAUAGAUUUGGAUUUAUCCGAUGCUUUUGAUUUUUCUAAUAUAAUUCCAGAUGAUAAAAGUUCUAUGAUUCAUUCAACACCAGAUCGUCAAAGGGCAAAUUCAGAUUUCUUAGAGAAAGUAGUAAACGAAGAAGGAAACACAAUUUCGACUUCAAUAAAAGUUGACCAUGAAUUUGGUACUGCAGUACAAAACAGUAACGGUGUUUCAUCAAAAACCAAUAAGAAUUUAGAGGAGACUAAAAGCUUUUCUGUUAGUAAUUUCAAAGAUACAAGGGAUGCAAAAGAUACAAAACAAACUAAAGAUAUGAAAUGUUUUAAACCUUUAAAAGAUAUUAAAAAUCCAAAUCAUUUAAAAAAUUCCAAAUUUACAUCUUUAAAAGAACCAAAUGACUUCAAACCACCCACUACCGAAGAGAAAUGUGAUAUUAAACGAAAUGAAACAAAACCUUUUAAGCACGACAAAAAACCUGACAUAGAGCUAAGUAAUCAUUUAGACAAAAAACCAUCUGUGCCAGUGCGUAUUAAAUAUCCAAUCAAAAGAGAUCGAGAGAGAUGUGAGAACAGUAGCGUAAGUAAUCCUAAUCAAAAAACUGUCGCACAUUUUCAUACACCAUCAGGCGUUAAAGAACAUAGAGAGAGGCAAAUUUUAAUAUCACCCAGUAAAUUGGAUAACAUAACUCAAAGUAUUCAGCAAUCUAUUCCUGUAGAAAAAAUUCAGAAUGAUAAGAGUAAUUUACCCCAUAUGCCCCUUUUAGACGAUUCAAUUCAAAUUAAUAACGACAACACGCUAGAGUUUAUUAGUAAGGAUAAAACAAAACGUUCAAUUAAUGAAAAGUUGGUUGGUUUACAAUUGCCAAAAAAAGUACCACAGUUUAACGAAAUGUGUGAUUUAAAUGAAGUCAGUGAAACUGUUGAAAAAGCUACUUCAAACAAUUUUAAUCAAGCUCAGAAAGUCAUGAACCAGAAUCCUACUACAGUUAUUCCAAAAAAGGCUCAAACGAAAACUUUUACACCAACAGUACGUCCGAUUGCUACAAAUUUUCACAAUUUUCAGAGUUCGUAUGAACAAUUUGCUACAUCCACCGAUUUCCAAGAGUCAAGUCUUAGACAAACUGCUGAUAAUUUAUUAAUACAACAGCAAAAAAUAAUAAAACCUAAACUAUUGCCAGAUAAAAAACCAAAUUCAAUUGUUAUAAACCAACAAAUAAUACCGCCUCCUUGCUCGUUACCUUCAACUAAAAAAAGUGCACUACAACAAAAUCAAUUUUUAAAAACCGGUUCAUUAAGCUUCAAACCUGGAAUAUUAAAAAGACCUUCAACAGAAAUUAUAAAAUCAAAGGAAAAAAUUUCAAGGGAUAAUCAUCCAUUAGUAAUGUUUAACAAUAAAAUUGACAAACAUCAAACAUCUGGCAUAUUUAUAGUUGAAAAAACAUCUGACUGUUUUACUAAUACAGUACCAACAGCGAAUACUAAAGGAUCACAGUCGCUGUAUAAAUCACCAUUAUAGCAUAAGGGUAAUAAAUUAACAUCGUCGACCGAUGCAUUAGAUGGUGUUAAUACAUUCGAUGAAUUUUUACAAGCAGCAAAUGAGGAUAUUUCUAAAAAAAAACAGCAAAGUUUUCCACAAGGUCGUAAGAAGUGCAUAAGUUCUUCUUUACCGAAAUUUUCGGAACCAGAAACAACAUCAUCAACGUCGUCCCCCAUUUCAAUUUUAAAACCAGCGUUAUUGACUUCUACAAUAGCCACAUUUAGAUACUUGUCUAACGGGACUAAAAUAAAAAAACGGGUAUCUUUUGAUAAAAAUGUCAUAGAUAAUUGGAAGGAAUAAAAUUUUCAUACUUUAUUUUACGUCAAUCAAAGAAUUUAAUGUUAUUAUUAAAGUUGUGAUAAUUAUGGUUUUGCAAAUCAGAUUGAAUCGUGUAUGCAGUUCUUUGGCAUAUGUAAAUAAUUCAUUAAAUUUUCUAAAAUUGUGACUAUGUAAGUGUAAACAAAAAUUCUUUUAAAUUUUCCUGAAACUCUAAAAAAAUGAUUUCUUUCGCAUAGUUCAAUAUAUUUUGUUUAUUCACAUGUUUUUACAUACACAUGCAUGUACAUAUGUGCAUACUUCGGAACAAUUUAGGUAAAGACUUUUUGGAUACUAUGAUUAUGUUCUAAAAUUUUAAUUCAAAGACAAAUUGAUUUGUAAAACAAAAUUGUAAUUAAACUAACAAAACUUAAUCGAAAUUAGCAUUUUUCACCCAAACUUAAAUAAAUUUCCAAUUGAUUUAAUACAUCACUUUAAGUGAUUCCUUCUCUUUUUUUAUGAAAUCAAUUUUUUUAACUUUACAAUAUAUGUAUUCAUUUACUAAAGAAUAUUUUUCAAUUACCUGGAAAUGAAAAUAGAAUUUUGAUAAGAAAUUCAGCAAUGAAUUUCAUUUUUGGUAAACAUAAUGGUUUUUAAAGGAACUAUUCUUCAGAAUAAAAUCUUUUUAUAGGACGGAACAAAGUUUAAUGCACACAGUUAAGAAAAAUGAUUUCAAAAAGGUACCUAUUGAAUAUAAAAUAAUAUUACGUUUCUAACCAUGUUAAGAAAUAAUUUUUUUUUAAAUUAUCGCAAGUUUUAAACCUGUAUAUAAGAGUAUAUAAUUUUUAAGAAUUAAAAAAUAAAUAAUGUUUAGUUUAAAGAAAAAACAAAAUUAAACAGUCAUAAAGUU